GCAUAUAUAUGUGGUCAUUAAUGCUCUCUACUCACUACUGCGGCAUAAUUUUGAGUUGUCUCACCUCCAAAUGACGAUGAUGAAUGAAGAAGCCAUGGAUCUGGUUCUGAUUCCAGCCCCUUUUAUGGGUCACCUUAUUUCCGACGUCGAAAUGGCAAAGCGCCUCCUACAAACACAACAUCAACUCUCCAUUACUGUCUUGCUCAUGAAAUUGCCUCUAGAUCCUAAUCUUAAUUCUUGCGUUGAAUCUCUGCUUGCCCAUAACGAUUGCUCCAGGUUGAAGUUCAUAUCACUGCCGGAGCACCUCCCUGCAGCAGCAGCAGCUUCCAACGGCUUCACCUCCUUCAAUUUCUUCGUCGAAUCUCACAAGCCUAACGUCAGAGACUGCGUGAAUGAGAUGAAGAGUGAUGUUAGGCGGCUAGGUGGGUUUGUUGUGGAUGGGGUCUGUAUGGCCAUGAUGGAUGUGGCUGACGAGUUUGGGCUCCCCACCUAUGUGUACCACACUUCCGGUGCUGCUAUGCUUGGCCUUCAACUCCAUCUCCAGAGCCUCAGAGACGACCACGGUGUGGAUGUGACGGAGUUUAAAGAUUCCGACCCUCAUCUCAACAUCUCUACUUAUUCCAACCCAUUCCCGACCAAGUUAUUGCCAUUAGUUGCGCUGGACAAAACCGGUGGCUCAGCCUAUUUCUUGGAUAUUGCCAAACGAAUGCGAAAGGCAAAAGGCAUCUUGGUGAACACCUUCUUGGAGUUAGAGCAGCAUGCCCUUGAAUCUCUCUCCAAGGACGUGAGUGUCCCACCCGUGUACCCUGUCGGACCAAUAGUCAAUGUAAAGGGCAAUAAGAUCCAAGAAUCAUCCGAGAAGGAAAUCCUGAAAUGGCUUGAUGACCAGCCAGAUUCAUCAGUUGUGUUUCUUUGUUUCGGGAGCUGCGGAAGUUUUCCAGAGUCUCAAGUGAAGGAGAUCGCUUAUGCCCUUGAACAAAGUGGGCACAGGUUCCUCUGGUCCUUGAGGCGCCCACCCUCUGACGGUUCAAUAUUUCUCACAGACUACAACAAUCUUCUAAUCUUGCCAGAAGGAUUCUUAGAGAGAACUAAAAGCAUUGGAAAAGUCAUCGGAUGGGCACCCCAAACUGCUGUGCUAGCUCACCCAGCCGUGGGCGGUUUCGUGUCACACUGCGGAUGGAAUUCAACUCUCGAAAGUAUCUGGUUCGGGGUGCCAAUAGCUACAUGGCCAAUAUACACAGAGCAACAAGCAAAUGCGUUCCAAUUGGUAGAAGAGAUUGGUAUCGGUGUAGAGGUUAAGAUGGAUUACAGAUACUAUUUCAUGGGAGAAUUUGAAACACUUCCAAAAAAAGUACAUGCCAAAGAAAUAGAAAUAGCAAUCACAGUCCUUAUGGAUCACCCAACUAUCAAUCCCCUGAGGAUGAAAGCUAAAGAGCUGAAAGGAAAAGGCAGAAGGGCACUAGAGGAAGAUGGCUCAUCUUUUAAUUCUUUUAAAUGUUUCUUUGAGCAUGUCAUGAACAAUGUUAAGUAGAUAUAUUAUAAUAUAAGAUUUGGCCA